AUGCACACAUUUUCCACAUUACCUGUCGAACUAGUUUAUCGAAUUAUGGAUCAUCAAAAUGAGCAGACGCUAUUUUCUUCAAUGCAAAAUAUUUGUCAACGGCUCAACCAGAUCCUGAGUACUUACCAGCGAUAUCAAACACUCAAGACACUAGACCUAAGAUUCAAUGCAACCGGUAAUGAAGGGGCUCAACACAUCGCGGAUGCGUUGCGAACGAAUACGACACUCACCACACUUUACCUAAGUUGGAACCAAAUCAGUGCUGAAGCAGCACAACACAUUGCGGAUGCGUUGCGAACGAACACAACACUCACAACACUUAACCUCGCUUGGAAUAAAAUCGGUGCAGAAGGCUCACGACACAUGGCGGAUGCGUUGCAAACGAAUACGACACUCACAACACUUAACCUCAAUAAGAACGGAAUCGGUGCUGAAGGAGCACAACACAUUGCGGAUGCGUUGCGAACGAACACAACACUUACCACACUUGACCUCAGUCGCAACCAAAUCGGUGCUGAAGGCUUACGACACAUGGCGGAUGCAUUGCGAACGAAUACGACACUCACAACACUUCACCUUGUUGAGAACGGAAUCGGUAACGAAGAAGCACAACACAUUGCGGAUGCGUUGCGAAGGAACACAACACUUACCACGCUUGACCUCAGUGCGAACAAAAUCGGUGCUGAAGGGUCACGACACAUUGCGGAUGCGUUGCAAACGAAUACGACACUCACCACACUUAGCCUCGAUAGGAAGGAAAUCGGCGUUGAAGUAGCUCAACAUAUUGCAGAUGCAUUGGGAAGGAAUAUAAGCGACAAGAUGCUGUUGUCCUGUCUGUGA